AUGGAAGGCAUUCGCCGGAUUACGCUGGUCGACCAUACCGACCCCUCACGUCGCCCCGACAAUGAAGAGGCGCUGUCUCAAAUCCCCUCGGCUACAGGGUCACGAACUGGCUCCAGACGAUUGAGCAGAGUGUCCAUCCGCGGUGAACUCAAGCGACGAAAGUAUGCCAAAUGGCAGCCGGACCGAUUGAAGCUUUCGGACGACAGUAGCUUGAGCAGAAUGCCGUCCCCGUCAGUGAAUCCAUUGACUCACAUGAAUACGAAUGCGAAUACCAUAUCUGGGGAGAGCGCUCUAGCUGGCCCUUCUCAAGCCGCGAUCGAGCAGCACGACAUCGAUGCGACGGAUUUUGCGUCCUCAACGAACGGCGGGCGCGAUUCCGCGGCGCCUCAGCAACAACAGGGCUAUGACCCAAAGAACAACACCAAAGGUGCUCAUUCCGUGAGCGAAUUGGACAUUCUCUACGAGAAUCAGCGCGGCUGGUUCUUUUUCGGCAUUCCGUUGUACUCGCACAGCUCGCUACUCAAUCUUGACCCCGGCCCUUGGGUCACGCAUGACUUCCGCGAGAGCCCUGUCAAUAUCACCAAUGCCCAAGUGCCAGACCCAAGCUGGGAAUGGGCUUGGCCGUCAUGGUACGUCGAUAUGUCCGGCGACGUCGACGACCAGGGCUGGCAGUAUUCGUUCUCGUUUAGCUCAAGAGCCUGGCAUGGGACUCAUCCCUGGUUCCAUUCGUUCGUUCGAAGACGACGAUGGGUUAGACUGCGCGUAAAGCGCGCUGUGGAGAAGACACAUCGUGGACGAUCGGGAUUCGAGAUGGCUCACAUGCUGAACGAGGAUUAUUUUACAAUUCACUCUCCGCGGAAGCGAAGCAAAGCCGCCAGUUCGAUAGCAGCGUCGGGGAAUCUGAGUCGCACUGGAGUGGAAGAGGAGGCUCCGUUGGAAGAGAUAGGAAACAUUCCUACAUUAAUGUAUGCCCUGAAGGCCGCCAUUGUUGAUCGUGAGAAGAUAGACGCUCUGAAGCGUUUCAUCGAGAAUGGGGGCGAAGAGCUUCACUACCUGGAUGACAAGAUCCCUGAAAUCAUGUCGAUGUUUGUCUUCCAAAACUCGAGAUGGCAGUUCCUCACCCACUUGGAGAAUGUCAUCAACGACCUCUCGCGGGAAGCCGCCGCCGAAGACAAUGCAGACGCCGAAGAGAUGCAGCGCAAACAACAGAACCUCACGAAAGCUGCGGAGACAGCGAGACGACAUAUCACGGGGCCCGAGUUACUAGGUUCCGAACACCACGAGUGGAUGAACUUGACUCCUGCCUCAAAGCAUGAUUUGUUAGAGACCUGCUCCAAAAGGUCCUCAUUCAAACCGAUCGACAAUGGCGGACAGAUCAAGGGUAUCCCUGAGGCGGCGGAAAUUGGCCUCGAAGGUCAUAUACACCGUCCUUCCUGA